AUUUCAUAACUACACUUUGUGUAGUACCACAAUUCAAGUUUACCACUACUUUAGGGACAUUUUCAUAAAUACACUUUUCAGUAGUGUGAAAAAUACUAAAUUAACCAUACCCUAUCUUUAACAUAUCAUCCACCUCUCUUCGUCCUUCGCUACCUUCUUCUCUCUGUCGAGAUCCAUCGUUUCUCUCCUCCGGAUCCAUCGUCGUCGUCGUCAUCGAGAGUCAUCGUGGUCGUCAUCGAAAGUCGUCGCCAUCGUUCCGUUGAGAGAUCUCCGACGAGCUAACACACGGAUUCUCUCUCUCACACGAUCGCCUAAGCCGACGAGCUAUUUAUCGGAAAUGUCGACUCCAAAUUCACAAUUUUUAGAUAGCAAUGACUUUUGCACAAAUUUGAGUUUGCCUCCUAGGAUUUAUGGAGCUGGAACAGAACCACCAGACAUUCCCAAAAUGGUCAUCCAACAUUCGAGCAUUGAUUACGUUUCUGAGGUUGCACAAAUCUUGGGAAAGGAAGAGUUUGAUCAAAUAGAGAACUCACACCUAGGAAGCAUCGUGAAGCUGGCAAGAAGGAGUAGCGUAGUGUUUUCUGAGAAUCUAUUCCAUUUCCUAAUGCAGAGAAGAGUAUUGACCAAAGGGAAGGAUCUCUGGUUCACGUUUUGCGAUCAACUUAUGAGGUUUUCCAUGAGGGAAUUUUAUCUGACUACAGGUCUAGCGUGUGAGGAAGAUACAACACCAAGAGAGCCUCUGUUCCCAAACAAGAAGAAACCCUACUUAUGGAUGUUGAGUAAAGGCGAUAAGUACACCGUAAGGAACUUAUAUGAUCUGCUCAAAAAGAGAGCAAGAACAAUGACAAGGCUUGAAAGACUGUCUAUGGGAGUAGCAAUAAUCACAGAAGGGGUCAUUCUGGCAGGACACCCGAGCUCUCUAAUACCAAAGGAAAGGUUACUGUGUUAUAAGAACUACGAUACCUUUUCCAGGUUGCCUUGGGGUAAACUAGCGUACAAAAUUUUGUCAAAGAGUAUCAAGCGUUUGAAUACAAGUUGGUGGACAUGAGAUAGUUACGAAGUGAGAGGUUUUGUGCUAGCCAUAAAUUUGUGGGCUAUGUCAUCAGUGUCUAUUCUUGGUAAAGCUUUUGGAAAGCCAUGCGAGGUAACCGCUUCCUCAGAUCCAUUAUGUCUACAUUUGGAUUCAACAAGGGCUCCCACAAUAACCGAAGUGUUGGAAGUGGAGAAG